AAUGAACAAGGAGCGUUGUAAUAUUUACUACUUUCUGACCUAAAAUGGCUAGCUUUGUUAUAUUUCUUGUGUUUAUUUUUUGUCUACCAAUUGUUUACUUGGAUAAUGUUGAUGAUUAUUUAAAAGCUGUUUUGCAUUCAGUUGACAAGAUAGUAAACUUCUAUCAGAGCGAUUACAAAAACCUUAAUGUGGACGGGUUAUUUGGUGUUCGCGUCUUGGAAGGACACCUGGCAGCUAUAAUCAAAGACUAUGAGUCUGGCAAGUUACAACACCUGAAUCAGUCACAGGUGGACCAGAUGCGAAGACUGAAGAAAACUGCCACCACAAUUUGUGACCAGGCCUUGGAACAUGUCAGAAAGGAUGGCGAGAAAUACUUCAGCCUGAUGGGGAUGGUAUUACGGACGCCAUGGGACAACUUUGACACCUCCUUCAAAAAGGUCAACUUGACAUUAGAGUGGACACAAGCGGAGUAUGACAGGGCUAAACGGGAAGUUCACAUGGAUGAGAGCGUCAGUGACCGGUGCAUGAGUGAGUUGAUGGGCUCCCACAAGCCGCGGGGCCAGCCCUGUGACAUCAGCCAGCAGUGUGCCCUUGACAUGACUGCCCCAGGGUUGCUAGGAUACGGCAUCACUCACCAGCUGCUCUGGACCAUGCUCGCGGAGAAGGUGGGCUGUUCAAAGAAGCUGUCAGAGGGGCUGAUGAUGCUGCGUCAGCGAAGCCUUGUAAGCCUGCGCCAGGAGAUGUGCACCAACAACUUCCUGCAGAUGCAGAACAUGCGUGCCAAGUUCCCUGGUGGAGUUCUCCCCCCUGCCUUCCAGGACCUCUUACUCGAACAAUUGUUCGUAUGCCCCAGCCUCGGUUACCAUGAGUUUCUGCAGCUGGAGUUCCUGCCUCAGGUGCUGUCAUGGCAACACAGUAAUGGCUGCUACGGGAAAAUGCCACGCAUGAAGUAUAAAUCAGAAAUAGACGAAAAAAUGAGAGAGAUGAUGGGAGACAUUGAUGAAGAUUACAUUGAUUCACAGGAGAAGGUCCUUCCACCAGAAUAUUUGAGGAAGAAAAAUCCCUUGGUGAAGAAUAUGAAUAUACCUCAGCAGGGGCAUGACUAUUUGAAUAUGCCUUUGCCAGGGCAUAAUGAAGCAGCUAAGGUAGGGGUUGGUCUGAAAAUGGAUCAUCAUCGCCAAGGAAGAAAAUUGCUGGUGGAGAAAACUAUGACAGGCAACUGUCUUGCACACAAAACAGCAGUAGCCAGUGGAGCAUUAGUGUUGUAUUUACGUUACCUGACAUUGGAGCAUUCACCUUUGACCUUGACCCUCAGAAGGUCACAAAGUGCUGGAACCGAAUUUUGAAGGCCUUUGCAAACAGUUUGGAUCCAGAUGAGACGCCACAGAACUGUUUGCUAUUCUGAUAGUAUUCUUUGAAAAAAAUCAAAGAAAAUGUUAAUUUUAGACAUUCAGCAGACAACAUUUUAGCAGACAACAAAUUUCCCAGCAUGCAAAGGGUUAAGUGUCAUCCCAGAUAAGCCUUCAAAAUACAGACAGGCUUCACAGACUUGCUUUAAACGGAAAAUACCACGAAACUGCAAAGUUUUGUCCAUGAUUGUGCAGGCUGCACAGGCUAAUCUGGGAUGACAUGCAUUAAGCCCAGUUUUCCCAGAAAGAGGCUCUUGUAUAUUCAGACUAGAGAAAUUAUGGAAACAACUUUCAAGUGUGAUGUGUUGUAAAUGAAUCUUUACAGAGAUAGCAUUAUCAAUGGAUUAAUAUACUAGUUUUAAUUAAUUCAACUUAUGCCAGGAUUGACUUUCAAAUGGAUAAAUUUAUGGACUGAUGCAUUUAUAUUUGAAAAUAAUGCCGGCAAUUUAUGAAUAAACUUAACUGGUGGGUUAACUUCUAAUUGUAAAACAUUAUGAAUUUUACUAUUAAAUUAGUUCAUUUUAUAUUAUUCAUUUUCAUUUAUUCAGUAAAUAUAUUUCAGAAACUAGAGUUUACAUGAAUUUGAAAGGUGAGUGAUAUUAACCAUUGUACCUUCUUGCAACGAAAUCAUAGAUUUUACAUUGUGUGUGCAAUUCUUGUCAAAGAAAUCAUGAUUUUGUUUUUGUAUAAACACAAUGCUGGGUUUGAUGUUUGUCAUUACAAGUGCAACAUCUGAACAUGUAAUAUACUUUAUAUGUGCCAUAGUUUAUUGUUGUGCCUACAAUAUUUAAUCUUAUUAACAAAUAGUGCAAUUAUUUGUAAAACUACUCAUAAACAGGCAGAAACAAUGCACAAUUGUAAAAUAUGGUUCUCAUUUCCAUUUGCAAAUAUUAAUAAAAUCAGAGUCAAAAUAAUAAGCCAGUCUCUGGGAAAAUAGGGCUUUAUGCAUGAGCAAAUUUGCAAAUAGACACAUUGUCAAUCUUAUUUCUUUUUUUUCUUUUUUUUGCCGUUUGUAUUCUCACUUAAUUUUUGCAAUAUGAUGGAAAUUUCAUAUGCAGACUUUUUAACGGAUUGGAAGAAUUAUUUUAUCUGUUAUAAGUUUUAUGGUUUGCUUUUGAGCUCACCUGAGCACAACUUGCUCUUAGUGAGAUAUUGUGAUAACCUUUUAUCUUAUUUGUUGUCCGUCAUGCAUCGUCCAUCAUCAAUAUUUGCCUUGUGAACUCUAUAGAGGCAACAUUAAUAUCCCAAUCUUUCGGUCACAACAUUUGUCCAAAUAAUACCUCAGUCGAGUUCAAAUCUCUUCAUAUGGGGCUUAUAACAAGGUCACUAUGUUAAAUUGACAAACAUUGAUACCAUUCUAGAUACCACAUUUAUAGUCUAAUCUUUAUUAAACUUGGUCUGAAUUCUUGUUCCAAAGAUAUCUCAGCUGAGUUUAAAACAGGGUCAUCUGGUGUAACAAAAUUAGGUCACACAGUCAAAUGAAAUAAAAAGCUUGUGGACAUAAUAGGACACAUUUAUUGUCAAAUCACUAUGAAACAUGACGUGAUAAUUUAUCCCAAUCAUAUCUCAAAUGGUUUCGAAACUGGAUCACAUGGGAUCAAAAUUCUGCUAACAGGGUCAAAUUAUAGUAAAAGCUUGUGAACACUCUUCAAUUUAAGUCACGUUUGUUUAUGCCAUCUUUACGAAGCUCAACAUUGGUUUUAAUGAUAUCUCCUACUUUUGAGAUAAUGUUCUUAUUCAUUGAAAAACCAUGGUUGCCGUGAUAUGGGGCAGUUUUCCUAAUCUGGCUGUAGUAAAUUAACACGAUUUAAAUGCUAGAGAAAUUAAAGACUUGUUAUGAAACUUGCACAGAAAAUUUGUGUGUAUUUGAGUUCAAAAAUGACUUAUCAUAAAUUUAUCAAAAAUAUGUCGCCAGGUGUUGAAGCAGUUUUCCUUUUUAAGUUAAUUGUGAAACCUUCUGAGCACUUUUUGCUCCGAACAAUUAAGUUCCAUGGGGUCUCAAGUGAGCAGCUUGGGGCCUUUGACCCUUUUAAGCAAAAUCAUGAUUGUGUGUUUGCCUGUACACAUUUGAUGUGUUGUAUUAAAAGUUUUCACUAUACUUUCCUGUGCACGUUUUGUAUAUGUGUUCUUCACAUUUUUUUUGAUUUGUGUUACAUUGCUUUAAACUAGUUUUUAAUUUUUAAAUGUUUGCUGACCUUAUCUGAAAGUUUUGAAUUUUAAAAGUUGAAAGUUUUGUUUUAAAACUGUAUCCCCCCGAUUGACAGUUGUCAUUAGUUUUGCAAUAUUCUUUGUAAAUGACAAUAUAAUUGUGUCAUAGUCUACAAAAAUCAGUACAAACGAGGAAAAUUCACAUUUUCGUUUUUUGUCAUUUUUUAAAAGAUGAAUGCAAGCAUAAGUCAAAUCCAAAGUUUUAGGUUUCUAACUAUAAUAGUUUUUGAAAUAUUGAGUUUUGAACACAUGCACCCUUUAUACGAUCUUAUAGCUAAAUAACGGUUUUCUAUAUCAAUUGACAUUGACAACAAACUCUUUUGUAAAUACAGUAUACAUGCAUUUACUGUAUAGCAUUCACACAUAGAUUCAAUGCAUUAGUAGAACUGGCCAUGUUUUUCACAUUUUAUGUUCAAACAAAAACAAACAUUUGAACACAGUGGUUGCUAUGGUAACGAAUUUACAUAAAAAAGAUUAUUUUCAUUAAAAUUGUCUAAAUAUCAGGAAAAAAACUUAAUAUUUACGUUUUUGUCAAUUAUAUGAUUAAACUGCUUACAUUCAAUGAUCUUUGUUUCAACAUGACAUUUAUUUAAUACAUAGUAACAAAAAGAAUCUAAGAAAAUAGGUUGAGUUAUAGUGCAACAUGUCCUUUUUUUUAGAAAAGAUCCACAUAUUUUACAGUGUAUUUAUUUCAAUCCAUUAAAGACUUCGCCCAACGUAAACAUCAUACAUGGUAUUUAAAAGUGCCAUACAUAUAUGCUGGUAAAAAAAGUUAAUGUACAGACAUUUUGCUGAUGGUAAUCAUGGUUACCAAGGCAACAAAAAGAUAAAAUAUCGAUUUUUACUGUUUUGAACAGCAAAAACACCUUAUUUUAUUAGUAAAUCCUUUCGCAUACAUAUCAAACAUGAAAAA